CUUAUCGAUUAGCACACGUGUGCAGUGUGUUUGUUUUUAUUUAGCUGUGCGCAAAUCGUUGAAAUAUAAUUGUUAUUUAUAAAGAUUUAGUCGGCCCGCCUCAAAAUGAUGCACUACCGCAAGGCUGAAAACGUGGAGAAGGAGCUGAGCAAAAGCGAUUUGCCCUUCGAGGACUGCAUGCCAAACCCUCAAAAGGACUUUCUCUGGAUGCAUGUAAAAGGCGGUACUAAAGUGAGCAAUGUGAUUGAGUUCGCUCAGGCGGCGCUGAACAAAGGCGAACACAGAUGCGUAGUGUGGAGCGGAUCCGGCGGCGGAGUGGUCAAGACCAUAUCCUGCGCCGAGGUGCUCAAACGGAGCCAUCCCGUCUACCAAGUGACGCGCAUGGCUUACACCAGCGUCGAGGAGCACUGGAAGCCGCAGAUGGAUGGCCUCGAGGAGAUAAUCGUCAACCGCCAAAUACCAGCCCUUCACAUCCUCAUGAGCUUGGACGAGCUGCCUGAUAGUAUAGAAGGUUUACAGAAGCCAAACACAUCCACCGACUUUUGGCAGGGCGAAGAGGCUCAUCCACGUCCCCAACACCGCCAGCAACACCAACAGCAACCAGGUGCCGGUGCCCGGCCAAAUAAACGCCAUAGGUCAGGACGCAAUAAACCAGGCCAACAACACGGGAAACCUGCCGCAGAAGAGAAUCAACCUUCCAGCCAGAGUCAAGGUUAAGAUAAGCCGUACAACUAGCCUUCUAAAAUUGUGAAAACUCCUCUAUUUGCCGUUUGUAAAGGAUAUACAAAUAAAGUCUAAUUUAUCACAA